AAAAAUUAAACUACCCCUUUAAGAGCAAGUGGGACAUAGCGGUGCGCGAGAAAAAGGAGAGGAGGGGGAGAAGAAAGAGGAAUUAAAAAAGAAAAGGAAGAAAGAGACAGGGAGGGAGGAGGGAGAGCGGGCGAUAAAAAAAGAAAGAUGACAUCCUCGCAGCUGAACGGCCGAGGUGGAGCGGUAGGCUGCGGCCCGGCGAGAGCGCCGCUCGCCGGGGUCAGGGCUUGAAUCCAGCAGCGAGGCUUCGACCGAACACCCGAGCGGCCUACCCGGGGUUCGGAAAUCGGACAAAAAAAAAGCCGACUCCGAUUAUUUUUAAAAACAGCAAAGCAUGACCUGCUUGUUUUUAAGAGAUAUUACAACUCACAUUUGAUCUCUUGCGUUACAGAAAUUACUAAUUUUUACCGCUUUGUUGCGUAUUGCUGAAGAGUAAAAAAAAAAAAAAAAAACUGCACGGUUCGGUUAUUUUUAUUUAUUUUUUAUUGGAUGUUUUCUGGGUUCUCCUCCGUGGCGAGGCUCUUGCGUGUUUAAGCGGUGGUUUGUUGGGGGGGCUUUCUUCCCCCCCGUGGGUGUCGGGAACCAUUGAAGCUAAAGGCCGAAGCUCGGGAGGGAGCAGGCCGUUACUGGGCCGGGCCUCUGCAGCCUGCGCUAGCCCCGGCGGCUCUACCUCAAUGAGAGAACCAGAGCCCGGCACUCGGCUUUGUUCGCGCUUUACGACACAACCCGGGAGCCCAUCGUUGCUGCCGCGGGCCGGGCCUCCGUCCGCGGCCCCAUCACCACCGACGGGCCGAGCCGAGCCAUGCAAAGGCCGCUUUCCGCGACCCCAACCAGGAGCUGACUUCGUAAUCUCCACCGCUGUCUGUGGCGCAAGAUGGACGCUGCUUGGAGCAAUUUUCUCUUCCAGAGUACUCCCACCCAAAACCAAGUGGAGGGGAGCCUCCAAUCAGAGCUCAUGCAAGUGCAUACGAGCUCUCCCCAGACCCCACCCACAGAGCACAUAGCACAGCCUCCUUCCACUGUGGACACCACGGCUCUGAGCGAGGAACCCCUGCCUGAGCCGGUGAAGCCAGCGCCCCGGCCGGCCCGCGCGCAACACAUCUGUGCCAUCUGCAACAAGCAGUUCAAGAACAACUACAACCUGCGGCGGCACCAGUCGGUCCACACCGGGGUACGCAUGAAGGACAGGGCCAGAGUGCAGGCGGAGGGAGCAAAGGAGGGAGUCGCCGGCCAGGUGGUGGCGGCGGCGGCCCCGCCGGCGAUGGCGGUGGGGGCCGGAGGGAGGGCGGAGAGGCCCACUGUUCCCCUCUCCCUGCUGCACCUCUCCGUGUCUCCCCCGCUCGCCCCUCCCGGCUUGCUGGCGGGCGCCCAGCAGCCUCCCCUGGGCGGCCAGGAUGGCGAAGGGGUUGCCAUGCCAAACGUCAUGGCCACUGUUAACCCUCAUGCUCCGCCUCCUGCUGCUGUCGUCAUGGCCACAGGGGCGACAGUACAGCGACCCGCAAACCCCAACCCGAACCCCGUGAAGAAGAACCACGCCUGCGAGACGUGCGGGAAGGCCUUCCGGGACGUCUACCACCUCAACCGGCACCGCCUGUCCCACUCGGACGAGAAGCCCUUCUCCUGCCCCAUCUGCCAGCAGCGCUUCAAGAGGAAGGACCGCAUGAGCCACCACGUGCGCUCCCACCAGGGCGGCGUGGAGAAGCCCUACAUCUGCCCCCACUGCGGCAAAGCUUUCUCCAGGCCUGACCAUCUCAACAGCCACGUCAGGCAGGUGCACUCCUCAGAGCGACCGUUCAAAUGUCCGACCUGUGAGUCCUGCUUUGCCACCAAGGACCGGCUGCGAGCCCACAUGAUCCGUCACGAGGAGAAGGUGCCGUGCCACAUCUGCGGCAAGCUGCUGUCCGCCGCCUACAUCACGGAUCACAUGAGGGUGCACAACCAAUCGCAGCACCACGUCUGCCACCUCUGUAACCGCAGCUUCACCACGCUGACGUACCUCCGCGUCCACGCCCAGAAGCACCACGGCCAGGAGUGGAAGGAGAGCCCCGGCGGCUUCGGCGGCACGGCCUCGGGCGGCGUCCUCGUCUGCCACCUGUGCGGCGUCCAGUGCAAGACGCCCACCCAGCUCCAGGGCCACAUGGGCACCCACAGCACCAGCCAGGCCGCGCCCAGCCCCGUCACCUCCAACGUGGUGGCCAGCAGCUCCGUCUCCCUCAGCGGCAUGGUGACGGCGGCGCCCACCGUCUACGUCACGGGCAACACGGUGGUGGACCUGCUCGUCACGGACUGCUCUAGCAUCGCGGCGCCGCAGUCCCACAGUUAGCAGGAUGGGAUCCGGGAAGCGCGUCGCUUGUAGAUUCGGAUUCGGUUGCUGGUUAUUAUUGUUUUUAUUUUUAUUUUGUUGGGCACUUGAGUUUAAAAAAAGAAAAAAAAAACGGCUUGAAAAAAAGGAGUUUGGCUGCAGAGCUGGAGCAUCAAAGAGGCUGCAGCAGGUUCACCAACACUAAUGACAAACAUGGAUGUGCUGUCCUGAUAUUUCCCAAUGAAGACUCUGGUGAAAGCCUGGUUAUCCCUCCCUCUCUCUCUCUCUCUCUCUCUCUCUCUCUGUCUGAUCUUCCCAUCAACCCUUUAUUUUGGCAUCGGCUGCUCGCUGCGACUGCACCAAGUACUGUAAAUCUCACACCAGCUCUGAUCUUACCUCCAUUUUAGCAACUCGCAUACCGAGAAUACUGAGAGCCCAAAACGGUUCGCGUCGGGACGUUUUUAAGGGGGAGGAAACGAGAGAAACAUUAGAAGGGAAGUUGUGUGUGCGCGUGCGUGUGUGUGUGUAAGUUUGAGCUCCUCUCGCAUGUUUGUUGUGUUUUUUUUAUUUUAAUUUCACAAGACGGAGAUGGGAAACUAGAUUUUAACGCUAGCUAAAUGUGUUUUUACUCUAGACGGAUGUGGAGUUAAUCAGGAGGGAGGAUUCACCUGUAGGGGGAUGUUUGUGCUCAUUUUUUUUCCUAAAGGUACAGAAAUAAUAAUUAAAACAAACAAACAAAAAAAAAAAAAAAACAAGAGUUGUCAUUCAGGAGCAUCAAGCACCUUAAAACUGUCGGACUCGGUUGAGGACGGAGGUUUGGGUUUUCCUCGGGUUGUUUUCGCUCCGAGUCUUCCUCUCUGGGUCUGGCCUUUUACGGAGAAAGAAGAAAAAAAUAAAUAAAACUGCUAGUCAGCACUUCGGCUUCUGAACUACCUUUUUGCAUGAAAACAGAAUAAACCAAGCAAGCUCGGCCAUGUUUAUUGUUAGAGAAUAAAACUUAGCAGUUCCACUAAGUUAGUUAGCUGUAGCUGGUAAUAUUUAUGAAAAAGUUGAUUUUAUUUUUUGUUUUUUUUUUCCACAUAGAUUGCCAUUCGUUUGAGUGCAGCUGUCAUUGCCAUAGUCCCCCUCCCCCCUUUUUUUCACCUUUUCAUUGUAUCUUUUACUUUUUGUUUUCUCUGUGUUUCAGUCCAACGGGUGAAACUUUAUUUAGAUUUAGUCUUUUUAACUCUGCAUAGCACUUGUUUUUCUGCAUCAGUCGUGACGGCCGUCCGUUGUGACGCUUGGGGCUUGAAAAGUCACUUUAAGUCGACGGAAAAAAAGGACAAUAAGAGUCGGUGCAGUUUUCCGUUUUUGUGUUCAUUUCUGACCUUGAAAUCUGUAGUUAUUUGUUUGAAUCUUUCUUUGGAAAAGUGUUUUUCCUGUUGAGAAACAUAGUGAUUAAUUGCGAAUUAAUUUUAGGUUUUCUCCAUUACACUAAAAAAAAAAAAAGAUAAUAAUGAUGAUACCUCUACUCUAGGCUUCUGUACAGCUCUUGUGAUACAUCUUUAAUGCCUUAUCGUACUCAACUGCAUUUUAAUUCUUUUAUGACAAAAUAUUUCAAAUCUUAAUCAUGGAUUCAUUAAGAAUAUUAAGGGGAUGUAUUUAUAUUUAUAUUUUUAUAUUUCUCAACAGUAUGCAUGUCUAAAAAGUUGUUAGAGCAAAAAAAAAUUGAUGCUAAUUAGUCCUUGUUUUUUUUUUUUUUUUUUUUUUUUUGUAGAUCAAGUAGAGAUCAUGUUAUUUUAUAAUUUGGACAGUUUAAAGUAAAAAUAUUAAACAAGAA